AUGUUCGCGGAGCUGAACGAAUUGCUGGACGCCUCCCCGCAGCGGCCGGAGACGGGUAAAUUCACGCUGCUGCGAGACACCAGAACAGAUGGCAGCUUCCUGGUGCACCAUUUCCUCUCCUUCUACCUCAGAGCUGGCUGUAAGGUUUGCUUUGUGGCCCUGCUCCAAUCCUUCAGUCACUAUAACAUCGUAGCACAGAAGCUGGGAGUCAGUCUGACGGCUGCCAAAGAGCGGGGACAGCUUGUCUUCUUGGAAGGCCUCAAGUCCUGCCUUGACCUCUUGUUUGGAGAGGAGGAGGAGCAGUCAGGACAGCCCAGUCCUCUUCAGUUUAUAAGUGAGAGCGCUUCCGACCUCAAAGCCUUGUUUGAAUUUGUCCGGACAUCCCUGACUCCCGCCGACAGCGACUCCUGGAAGGGCCCAGUGCUGCUGGUGGAUGACCUCAGCGUCCUGCUCAGCUUGGGUGCCACGCCGGUGGCGGUGCUGGACUUCAUCCACUACUGCAGAGUCGCCGUGUGCUCCCAGCUGAAGGGAAACAUCGUGGUGCUGGUUCACAGCAACGAGGAUUCAGAAGACGAGGAAAACGAACUGGUUGUGAACUCCCUGUGUCAUCACAGUGACCUGAUCCUGUGGGUAGAGGGGCUGGCGACCGGCUUCUGCAAGGAUGUUCACGGGCAGAUUAAAAUAAUUAGGAGAGUGUCCUUGGAGCUGACAGCGGAGCAGGAUCUCGUCCAGAUCUACCAGUAUAAGAUCCAGGACAAGAACGUCACCUUUUUCGCUCGAGGGCUGUCAGCUGCAGUCCUGUGAUGCUGCGAUACUGUGCAGCGCUGUGAGAGUAACGCGGAGCAAGGCCGGGGAGGCUGGUACCUCUAGACUGGACGUGCCACCAAACCAGCCUGGCUGCUUCACCAGCGCCUUCCAGGAGCGGUGCUGCAAACUGACCCAGGAGGGAAGCUUAAACGCCUGUUGAAACUGCGUGCCAGCGAGGGGAUUAGCCUGCCCAGAGCUUGCUGCAUCCCUUUGUCCUCCCACCCCGUUCCCAACGUACGCAGGCCAAGAAGAAGAGCAAACACUUGCAAGAAUGGCCCUUAGAGCGUGUAAAUACAAGCAGGGGGGGAUGCCCCGCGGGCUGGGUGUGCCUCACCUUUUCCAGUGUGUUAGGGCAGGGCAGUGCCAGGCGCUGCUUCGUGGAGGCAUCACCCCACCUUCCUGCUGGCGCUUAAGGAGAUGACACAGAGCGGGUGGAGGCAGGGAUGGUCUGGGAGUGUGUUGCAAUUCGUACCUUUCUGCCAGCUCUGGCGCAGGAGAGAUUUGCUCAACUCCCAGCUUCCACACAAUUAAAAAAUCUAUAGCUAUAUGUAUAGUCCCUCGCCUUGCUGCGCUAAGACCUAGAGGCUGCCUUGCUUGGUUGAUGUCUUGCUUUGUUUUGUUACUUUCCCUCUUUUCAUGUGAAACCCCCAUGCCUGCGUGUGUCUGUUCAGCGUGCGGCUUCCCAAGCUCGUCCUUGGCUUUGGGCAACGGACAGACGCUUGUACGUGAGCCUCUGUCUCAGCCACUGCUUCCCGGUCACGAAUCAUUACUAGCACUUAUAUUGAAGCAUUGUUGGGGGCUAAUAAUCACUAAUUUUAAUUAGAUAAGGCUACAGUCAUUAAGUAACCAUGGAUCUCUGUAUGGGAACCACUCCCCACAGGCUCCUUUGGGAGGGGAGAGAAAUGGGCAUCUCCCGAGCCUGGGUGAGGAGACGGCUUUAGGUCCCCCUCCCUCCCCAUGGAUGCAAGGGGCAGUCCCGGGAGCAGAGCUCAGACCUGGAGGUCUCCUGGUAGAUGCUCUGGCUGUAGUGGGAGAUUGUCGUGGUUUAACCCCAGCCGGCAGCUAAGCACCACGCAGCCGCUCACUCACUGCCCCCCCACCCCUGGGAUGGGGGAGAGAAUCGGGAAAAAAAACUCGUGAGUUGAGAUAAAGACAGUUUAAUA